GUGAAUAUACAUAGACAUAGUCACAUCACAUACAUAAAUUUUGUUCUUGACAACCUCAACCUCAACUCCUCAAGUAUGAAGCUUGAAAUGCCAUGUUCUGAUUGGUCUGAUUCCCCGCCCAAGCCACAACACUUCUUCAAGAUCAUUCUCUCUGAUACUGAAUCGCAAACUAAACUUAUGAUUCCAAGAAAAUUCGUUCGGAAACACGGGAACAAACUAGGUUCCCGUAUUUCCUUGAAGGCUCCAAAUGGUUUAGUUUGGAAGGUGAAUUUGGAGAGAGAUGAGAAUGAGGUUUGGCUACAAGAUGGUUGGCCACAGUUUGCGAAAUUUUACUCUAUACAAUUUGGACACCUGCUGUUUUUUAAAUAUCGGGGACAUUGCGAUUUUAAAGUGCGUAUAUUUGAUCCGAGUUGCACGGAGAUAAACUAUCCAUCAUCCAAAAGUGCAAAGCUUAAAAGCGGGGAAUCAAGCAAGAAAAGGAAAAGAGCAAUUGAAACUGACCAUUUGAUGCUGAAAUUGCAGAAAGAAAAAAGAGAUUGUCCGCAGGAAAUUGAAGAAGCCAGAGCCAGAGCACUUGCCUCAGCUGAAGCUUUUAAAUCUGACAACCCCGUUUUUCUCAGGGUCAUGAAAAUAUCACAUGUAGAUGGGAAAAGGCGCGGCUUGGUUCUAAGUAAGGCCUUUGAAGAGACUUAUAAAAAGUGGAAGGACAAUGACCAGGUUCAUCUUCAAGUUGCAGGAAGGAUUUGGCCGGUUAAUUGCAUUAUGAAGUGGAACCGGUGUAGGCUAGGUUCUGGGUGGGACAGAUUUGCACAAGACAAUUCGUUGUCUGUAGGCGACGUUUGUGUUUUUGAACUGAUAAACACCUGUACUAAAUUGCUAGAGGUCCACAUAUUUUCAGCGGCAGAAGAAACAAACGAAAAUACGAGACUGCCAAGGGUUAAAAGGGAAGCUAAGGAAGCUAAAGUGCCUGCAUCAGUCGAUGCUUUCACAUCCAGAUACCCUUUCUUCAGAAUCAAUGUAUACCCAUCUUCCUUGUCUGGUGGAUCCCUGGGUUUGCCGCAAAAGUUUGUAAAGAGAUUUAUAACUAAAGACAGUUGCAAUGUUACCCUUCGAAUAUCGGAUGGAAGAGAGUGGUCAGUUAGGUGCGGUGUUUACAACUCCUGUACCAAAUUUAGUGUUGGUUGGAAAAUAUUUGCACAAGCAAAUCGCUUGGCUGCAGGUGAUGUUUGUAUCUUUGAGCUGAUCAAUUUCUCCGAGAAGUUGCUGAAUGUUGUCAUCUUCCGAGAAGUUGCUGAAUGUUGUCAUCAAUGUUAAGCACACUUGGUGAAUGUGUUCUCCCAAGUGUAAGCGGUCUCAGUAAGGUGCAAUAUGGGUUGUUAUGAUAUUGUGUGCUCUACUCUCCAUGGCUGCCAUGAAUCAGUCAGUAUAUGUAGCAAGAAAUCGAAUUCAUGAUUACUGUUAUGAUCAGUGUCUUGGGUGUACUCGUUUUUUUAUGCGAGAUCUUCUUUGACUGGAUAGUCAAAUUCCCUUUUUCAUACUCCAA